AUGGACUUCUGGCGUUUUAACCAGCCCCAGACAGUCAAUCUUCAGAAAAUUGAGGCCGGCAUCGAUGUUCGCACCACCAUCAUGGUGCGUAACAUCCCUAACCGCGUCGACUUUGAGGACCUUAAGCUCUUCCUCGAUGCCACCUCGGAGGGCCACUACGAUUUCUCGUACGUCCGUAUCGACUUGUCCAACAACCUGGAUGUCAACUUUGAACUUCAACCUCAAGAUCUUUGUAUCUACUCAAACUUUACUUGUGUCUUUGUGAGUUUUCUGUCUAACUUGCAGCCACGCUCAGGUCGCUGA